UGUAGAGACUUCUCUGUUGAUUUGAGCGCCGUAAAACCCUUUACUAAAAAAAAUGAUUUAAUAUGACAUCAUCUGUUAAUCCUACAGAUUGAACUAUCCCUUACAGCAGUGGCAGUGGUCAUGGAUGACUCCCGUCCUUUGUACUGUAACAAAGGAUUUUUUGUGUCCAAAUCAAGCUGCAUGCCAUGCCCUGACAAGCACUAUCAACCCAGAAAUCUCUUCGAAGGCACAUCAUGCAGAUUCUGGACACAGAAGGCUACGAAUGGUAACUGGGAAAUCAUUAAGGAUGGUACUGACACCUCAGAUAUUGUUUGGGGCUGUAAAAGAGGCUACAAAGUUCACAACGUUUCUCUCACAUUGCAAGAGUGCGUGCCGGACAUUACCACCAAGGCUCCUGUCACAACUGAAGGAACAACCACCCCAAAGCCAAGUGACAACACCACAGCAAGCACACAGGCCCCCACUACAACUUUCUUCUUCCCUGGAGAAGGCCAUGAAGGCUUCCCAGUUUGGGCUGUGGUAGUUUUGGCUUUUGUGUGCGUUAUAACAGCAGUAUUGAUAGUUAUAUAUUUCCUCAGAAGGAAGGGCUAUAUUGGUAAAAUCAAGGACAUUUUCUGUCGUAGGAAAAUCUCUGAUGCUGAAGACCCUGAAGAAAAAAAUGAUUUGGUUGACAGAGUGAUGACAGUGGUGUCAGAUACAACCAGUACAUUUGUUACUGAAAUUCCACUGAUGAAUCCUUGCGAUGAUGGUGAUACUUUCUCUGAGAAGGAAUCAUCUAACUUUGAUGGUAGCGUAACUUCUCCACCAAUAAGCGACCCCAUAACUUCUCCAGACCAUAUGCCUUCAAACAUCUCAAAGCAAUUCUGCUUUACUUUAGCACCCAUGCUAGAAGACAAGCUGCAUAAUUUUAUUCACAUAUUGGAUGAUCCCAGCAAGAAGUUUGACAGUAAGCAAGAGCUGUUGCACCUCAAACUUGAGGGUAAGAACUUCUUAAAUUGUGGCAUUGAUGCUUUUUGGCUCUGGGCAUUGCAUAAUAAAGAAUCCGAUCACAGGGCUCUGAUAGCAGAAGCUUUGUCCAUUAUUAAUGAGCCAGAAUUGUUGGACUUGUCAGAGACAAAGUGUAACCGGAAACUGGUCAGUGUUUCUGUGGAGAUCAGUACAAAUAAACUCAAAGGUGACGGUGAACCAUCUUACCUUCUUUAUCGGUUGUUUUACAGGCUAACACAGUUAAUGGAUGAUGAUAAAAUGCUUUCGUUUGUGAACCAGCUGCCAAAUGAUAGUGUUUCUUUUGAUAGCCAUAGGUCGCUGAAAGAAGCUAACAGAAAUACCGGUUAUGAUAUGACUACAGCUUGUUCUGGAACUCUUAUGGAGUGGAGAAAGAAAAACAGGCACCUGAAUUUGAGGGCAGCUUUUCUGGAAACUUUAUUAGGGAUAGAGCAGAAGUUUGUUACAGAGGAUGAGAACUAUAUCGAGGUCAUGAAGCGUCUUUGCCCUGUUGAAGAUGACUGUUCUGAUACUGCUGUUUUUCCCAGUUCUGGUGUUGAACAAAGCGAAGCUUUAACUGAUACAGGAAGUUUAUCAACAGCAGAGAAUGAGGGCAGAAAUAAUUCUGUCACUGAUUCCAAUGAGAUGAAAAUGAAUCCUCAACAGAUAUCUCUACAAAAAGACAAUGAAGGUAAAGGAGAUGAGCCUAUCUAAAAUGGGCACCCUAAAGACAAUGAAGUAAAAGGAUAUAAGUCGGUCCAAAAUAGGCCCCUUAUUUCGGUGUAGACAUCUGACGAACUGUCACUAACAAUGAUCAAUCACUAGGCUCUUUCAUUUGCUCGUGAUUCCCUUCUAAAACGGCCCAUUUGUGGCCGUCCAGACUGUAAUGGGAAAGUAUGACUUUAUAGACCAUCAUCUCUGCCUCCAGGGCGUGCUUGUAGAAACUGUUUUCCAUUUGGGCAUGUGAUUAGUUUAUGAUACGUUCUGUUUUGACCGGUUAUUGUCAUCCUUUAGAGAACAUGUUACUUCUUUCCCCUUUCUUGUAACCUAUGGUCUGUUCUUACUCCGUAAAUGGUUGGUGAACACUUUUGGAACCUGUAGCCUAGCUCAACCUUCACAAAACGGCCUUUAAUUAAACUGUCCCCGUCGUUUUAUUCAUGAAAAAUUAGGAAACUAUGCAAACUGAGCCCAAAAAUGUGAAAUUAUUCGAUUCUGUUAAUUUUAACAAAGAAUGAUAAAGGAAAAUAAUAAGAAAUUAUGCAAAAAAUGAUCAAAUUAUGCGGGGUGCAUAAAACCCCGCAGACUGAUUUAACAGCCUUCAGUGAGAGAGGUGGUCUGCCCUUUCUUUGCCUUUCACACGCAACAUGGCUAGCAUAGACUCACGCAUUGCCAUUUAGAGCUGUGGAGGUCAAUUGCACUCCGUCCACUCUCUCUAGAACUUGUUUGUUGGUUGGCAGGUGCUCUGGUACGAUUUAUUCUUUUUUUCUCAUCCUACGUCUAUCAUCCUGAAAUUUCACCUCAUCUUUUCUUUGUAUGUUACUCUUUAGUAACACCUCUUAUAGAUUUUACUUGUGUUGCAAGUAGCCUAUCUUAAAAAUCUUACUAAAACUGAACUAAAAGAUGUGAGAUGCCUUGCCCGUCUGGUGCAGUGAAUGCAUGCCUGAAAUCUAUGCUGCUAACCUAACUGCUGCUGUGACCUCAAUCUCCGUUCCUAUACAUAGGAAGUCUCUUCACUACAGAAUAGGAGCAUGAGUUUACCCGAACUAUUUCUACACUGCAGCGUAUUCUGAAGCACAUUCCGUACAUGUUACCCAGUGUCUUUGUGUAGCCGUUACAAGUUACAUGCUCUGCUGUUGCAUGCAGGAUCCCAAGAGGGGAGAAUUUUCAUUGAUUGUUUCAGUAUUUCUGCCGUGAUGUUGUAUCCCUCUGCACCCAAGUUGGCUGUGACAGGCAGGGAUGAAGCCAGCCUGUUAAAUUAUCGAAAUUGUCUCGAUUGAGCUGUAAAAACACCUACAUUAAAAAAAAA